AUGAUAAUCCUUCAGAAUACAAUUGUGACAGGGUUGAUUGUUGACCGUGAAAUCACGAGGUCCGAUGCAUACGACUACCUCCAACCACUUGGGACACUCAGCAUUGUUAAGCUAGGGGAAUGUACCAUCGUGUGGCUAUGUCCUCUCGAAGUCGAGUUACGGGUAGCCAUCGCUAUGCUUGAUCGGCUUUCUGAUGAUAUUCCUAUGCGUGCCCGAGGUCAGCACGUCGUGUAUACAGUGGGCAAGAUCGGCCCCCACAAGAUCGCCGUGGUCGGCUACUAUCAGGAACUUUUAGUUGGGAUCGCUGGCGGAAUUCCUUCAUCUACCAAUGACAUCCAAUUGGGAGAUGUUGCUAUCGCGGUCCCAGAGGGCGAUCGACCGGGGAUCGUUGGCUAUGAUCUUGGGAAGGCCCGGAAUGACGGUCAUUUCGAAUUGAAGCACUGGCAGAACUCGACCCAUCCGAUGAUUCGUUCCGUUAUUAACGUGAUUCGGGCUCGAGAAGAUCCACGAUUUAGGCGACACCUUCGCGUCGUGGACAAGCGUCCAGAGUUCCGAAGGCCAGAGUCUACAUCCGAGAUGGAUCAAGAGUUGAGUGGUUCGAUCCUUUAA